AUGGGAUAGGAUUGUUCUGCCUGCUCUAAUUGUAAGGGUAAUAAUUAAAUUGAAAUAAAGACUUAAUAAGAUGAAAUGUAAAGUGGUGCUGGAACUGCAGCUCUCUACCAAGAAAAUGAAUCAAGUUCAGCAAUAAAUGCAAAAAGUACUAUGGCACAAAACGGAUAAUCAAAAGAAAAUUACAAAAAUGCUGCAGGGUCAAGUCAUUCUCUUGAUAAGUAAAAUAGCAGCCAUGGGAAUAACUAUCAAGAUAUGCCUGAUUAUAAAAAUGAUAAGAAUCAAAAGGCUCCUAUAAUUUCUAAAUAGUAGUCUAGUGGUGGAAAUGUGGCUUAACAACAAUCUAUGAGUUCCUAAUCCAAUUAAUACUAGCAAGAAAAGAAAAAUGAAGAAGUUAACUAAGAAGCUGUGAGAUUAGAUACUAACGAUAAUAAGAUGAAUUAAAGUGGAGAUCACUCCAAGCAUAAUAUGUACAAGGAAUAGCCGAUAGAAGAAGCAAUUCCAAAUCAAAAUAGUGAUUAACCAUAAAAAAGAGAAAAACGUUCACCUUAUUAAUUUAAAAGUGGAGCCAUUUAUGAAGGAGAGUGGAUAGGAAACAUGAGAGAUGGAUAUGGUAUCUAAACAUGGCCUGAUGGUGCCCGCUACGAAGGUGAAUGGAAAGAUAAUAAAGCUCAUGGAAAUGGUAAAUUUUGGCAUGUUGAUGGUGACAUAUUUGAAGGUUAGUGGUAAGAUGAUAAGGCAAACGGAUAUGGAACAUAUGUACAUGUAAAUGGAGCUAAAUAUGAAGGUCAAUGGAAGGAUGAUUUAUAAGAUGGUUAUGGAGUUGAAACCUGGGCUGAUGGCUCAAAAUAUGAAGGAUAUUAUAAAGAAGGUAAAAAACAUGGCUAAGGUACCUAUACAUGGAGUGAUUGCUCUAAAUAUGUAGGUGAAUGGAUUGAAAACAGAAUAUCUGGAAAGGGCACCUAUACAUGGCUUGAUGGCCGUAAAUACGAAGGAGAAUGGUUAAAUAAUAACAUGCAUGGUAAAGGUAUUUACACUUGGAAAGAUGGUAGAAAAUACGAAGGAGAGUAUCAAUACGAUAAGAAACAUGGAUAUGGUAUUUACACUUGGGCAGACGGAAGAAGAUAUGAAGGUUUCUGGGGUUAUGGAAAGUAACAUGGUAAAGGAAAAUACAUACUCCCUGAUGGAUCAAUUAAAAUUGGUUAUUGGGAAGACGGUAAAAGAAUUAAAUGGCUAGAAAAUGAAACUGAUUUAGACAUAAAGAACGGGGCUGCUAUUGACAAAAAAGAGGAUUGA